AUGGCCUCGUACUGCGACGGCUCCGGUGUCUGCCCGGCCCCGCACAGCCAGGCCGGGGCAGCCGCGCACCCGGCGGGGAACGCGCCGGCUCUCAGCCCCGCGCCCUACGCGCCCUGCCCCGGGUCUGCGCCGCCCUACGCGGCCGCCCCGGGCUACGCCGCCCCCGGCCCGCUCCUUGGCGCCCCGGGCGGCCUGGCGGGCACCGACCUCGCGUGGCUAAGCCUCUCGGGCCAGCAGGAGCUGCUGCGGCUGGUGAGGCCGCCCUACUCCUACUCGGCGCUCAUCGCUAUGGCCAUCCAGAGCGCGCCGCUGCGGAAGCUGACGCUCAGCCAGAUCUACCAGUACGUGGCCGGCAACUUCCCCUUCUACAAGCGCAGCAAGGCAGGCUGGCAGAACUCCAUCCGCCACAACCUGUCGCUCAACGACUGCUUCAAGAAGGUGCCCCGCGAGGAGGACGACCCAGGUAAAGGCAACUACUGGACCCUGGAUCCAAACUGCGAGAAGAUGUUCGACAACGGGAACUUCCGACGGAAGAGGAAGAGGAGAGGAGAGGUGAGCGCCGCUGUUUCCUCGGGAGCCAGGAGGCCGGGAGGAGCCAAGACACCAGAGCUGGAGCCCCUCGGCGCGGCCUCCGCGGACCUGCAGGCGCCUCCGUCCCCGCCCGCGCCCGACGCUGCCGCCUGCUUCUCCAGUUUCGCCUCGGCCAUGGGGGCCCUGGCGGGCGGCCUGGGUACCUUCCCCGCGGGCCUGGCGGGAGACUUUUCUUUCGGGAGACCGACGACGGUCGCAGCCCACGGACCCCAGGCCGCAGGUCCCGCACCCGGCUUCAGCGCUGGCCAUCAGACGGCGGCCACCAGCUUCCGUGUAGGCCACUUCGUCUACAGUCGGGAGGGGACAGAAGUUUGA